AAACAGAAUGAAAAUGAAGUGACCCGUGUGAUGACAGAAACUUCAUAGCACACUGACCAAUCUUAAAGGAACAAACCAAAAUAAUUCUAUCCAAACAGACUAUCAAAAGUGUUUAGUUCUUUCUGAAUUUAACAGCCACAUCUAACAUAAAGUCUACUGCCAAAAAUGUGAGAAUCUGAAUCAAUGAUCUGUGACUCACAACUUAAUUCUGUACCUUAAAGAGCAUAGAAUUUUGUAAAAAUCUGACUGACAAAUCAUUGCUCAGAAAUGCCGUCCCAGCAAAAUGAUCUCUCACCGCCUAUGCCCCCAGUUCCUGUCAAUUCUCCAACACCGAUAUUCCGUCCUCCAUUACCAAAGUCUCUACCACUGCAAAGACUAAGGUCAAGGCCAUUUAACCCAGCUUGCAGGUUUGGUAGCAUAGGGCUUCCAGCUUGCCACAAAAUGUCAGCAGAAGUAACUGCGACACCACCAAACGAACCAAUGUCUCAGGACACUUUUGAAUAUCUCUGGAAUACUCUAGAAACAGUCACAGACAAUGGAAAUUUCACACACAUCAACUCAAGAGACCUUGACUACUCAUAUGAAGAUGCGGACGAAGGUGCAUCAUUACAAAUUGACAAAUUUAGAAUCAACAGCAACGAAGUAUCAGACCUUUUGAACCCCAUCAUCGGACAGACAUCAUCAGCAUCAAUGUCACCAGAUUCUCAGACCAACAUCAUCGGCUCCACCGCAUCAAGCCCAUAUCAUGAAGGGACCUUAACGAGUCCCCCACCAUAUUCACCACACACAAACAUGACAUCACCCGUUCCCACAGUUCCUUCAAACACCAAUUAUCCAGGAGAAUAUGGUUUUGAGAUAUCAUUCGCCACUCCCUCAAAGGAGACAAAAUCAACCACUUGGACAUACUCAGAUAUGCUGAAGAAAUUGUACGUACGAAUGGCCACUACCUGCCCAGUUAGGUUCAAGACUGCCCGCCAGCCACCACCCGGUAGCAUCAUCCGCUCCAUGCCCAUCUUCAUGAAACCCGAACAUGUCCAGGAAGCUGUCAAACGGUGCCCUAAUCAUGCCACAUCAAAAGAGUUCAAUGAAAAUCACCCAGCUCCAAAUCAUCUUGUCAGGUGUGAGCAUAAACUAGCCAAAUACGUAGAAGACCCAUACACAAGUCGCCAGAGCGUAAUCAUUCCACAGGAACAGCCCCAGGCUGGGUCAGAAUGGGUCACAAAUCUCUUCCAGUUCAUGUGUCUCGGGUCCUGCGUUGGCGGACCUAACAGACGCCCACUCCAAAUUGUGUUCACGUUAGAAAAAGACAACCAGGUUCUCGGAAGAAGGUGUGUAGAAGUGAGAAUCUGUGCAUGCCCUGGUCGUGACAGAAAAGGGGAUGAAAAGGGCAUGUUGCCCCAGUCACCACAGCCUAAGAAAAAUGGUGCACUUCCAAGACUCACCAUUGGAACAGAAAUAACAACAGUGACAGCUGGCAAGAAGCGUAAACUUGAGGGCGAUAAUGACACGUAUACACUCACUGUUCGAGGUUUGGAGAACUAUCAAAUGCUCUGUAAAAUUAGGGACAGUCUGGAAAUAGCCUCACUUCUUCCACAAAACCAAAUGGACUUGUACAAACAGAAACAAGUGGAAGUACAACGGCAACAAACGGCUAGGGUUAUGGCAAUCCCAUCCUCACAGGUUGCAUCGACGUCAGUUGUACAGCAACAACAGACAACACUGACGACAGCAGAGACGAGACAGAUGACACAGUCGUUCAGUCCGUCAGAGGUGUCGACAACAGAUGUUGUUACAGACGGUCACCACAAUGGCAUACCACAGCCAAUAAAAGAAGAAACUAUUUCACAGAAUGGAGAACAUGAUAGUAGCGUUGAUACGUGGCUGAAUGCAUUGGGCCUAGGAGCUUACAUCGAUGGUUUCCAUGAACAAAAUCUGUACAGCUUACUACAGCUAGAUGACUUCUCCCUUGAUGAUCUUGCUAAGAUGAAAAUUGGCAAUGCCCACCGAAAUAAGAUAUGGAAAUCCUUGUUGGAUCUCCGUAACCAAGGUUUCACAGCUAUUCCUGUUGACAGCCAAGAUCUACAGAAAAGUGCAUCCAGCACGUCAACUAUCAGCAUUGCAUCACAAAACUCUAUUUCACAGAACAGUACUUAUAACCCCGGUUACUAUGAAGUAACACGUUACACCUUUAAGCACACGAUAUCAUUAGCAGAAGAAAAACAUCUUGAAGGACCAUCUCCAAAAGUUGAGAAAAUGGGCGAAUCAUGAAGUUGAUUUCUGUCGAUUUUUUUUGCUUUCAUAUUAUUUUUUAUAUUUAUGUAUGUUUUUUAAGUUACUGCUGUUAUUAUUAUGUUAAUGAUUUAUUAUGAUGAAACUGGAUUUCUUUCGGAGAAAUGUGGUUUUGUGUGUAAUACUUAAGAGGGGUAACUCAUAAAAAAAACUUUUUUUUUUUGUUUGAUUAUAAAGUGAAGGUGUUAAUUGCUGGUAGGGUUUGUUUCUGUUUGUGCAAUGCUGUUUAACAACUGUUUUAUGUAACCAGCUUCUUUUUAUCGAAAUACUUCAGAGUUUUUGUAACUUGAGUAAGUCUUUGUACAAGUACAAAAAAAUAGUAAAAGUGUUAGUAGUAGUUAGGGUUGACAGAGAUGUUGGAGAACUGCAGGCUGGGAAAUUUUUUGGUGACUUGUUUUGCCCUUUUUACGGUAUUUAGACUUACUCAUAAUAAAGAAAUGUUACUGUGUAAUGGAAAGUUUAUUUUCAUUCUGAAGUUUUAAAUUUGCUAUCACAUCAGAUGGCAAAUAUUUGUGAAAUAUGAAUUUGCAAAUAUUUCCAACAUCAGGUGGCAAAUAUUUGUGAAAUUUGAAUUUGAAAACAAUUUUGAACAUAAGGUGGCAAAUAUUUGUGAAAUAUAUAUUUGAAAAUAAUUUGCAACAUCAGGUGGCAAAUAUUUGUGAAA